AUGACUGCAGAUGAGGCUUCAUAUCGCCCCGGCCCUAAUGAAUUUGAAUCUCUUGCGUUCUCGAAAAUGAGUCCUUUUGGUGAGAAGCCGAGCACUUUGAACGAAGAGAUCAUGCCAAUGGCCGCUCCUCUCUUUCUUUUGCCGUCGGGUGGCUGUUCUCGACGGACCUCAUUAAAGAGGCGUCCUUCCCUUCAGGCCAGCUCAACCGGGACUCGAGGUCUGGCCAGUAAGACGAACCUCCACCGAGCGGAUUCAGGACUCAGCAAUCGACUGCCCGUCUGGCAAGCCCAGGUGGACAGUGAAACUGUGACAACCGUCACCUCGAACUUUGACGACGAAGAGGAUGGAGAUGCAGAAGGGAGGUUUGGCAAUGCCGGAUCCACGGGCGAAGCAAUUGUGGGUCGAGUUGUAGACGUGGCCAAUCUGGAGGAGCUGGCCGAUUUCGAUCUUGUGUAUGGCCAUUUUAAUGAGGGGGCCGGCUCCGAAAUGGACGAUGAAAUGAAUAGUGAUGAAGAUGGUGACGAUUAUGAUGAAGAUGAUGAUGAUUUCGAAAGAGAACGGUUCGACACAAAGAUGGAGGACACUGACGAAUUGGGCUUUGAAGACGAGGACGCUGCAAAGGUGAAGCAACGUCGGUGGCUCCGGCGAUAUCGACUGCCCAGGCUGCCAGUUGCUCGACCAUGGCGACGAAGUGGUACCUUACAGCUAUUUGCUGAAACUUUUGUAUUGUCUACUUUUGCAAUUACGCAAGAAAUUCGUUUGCCCAACUGA